AUGGAUCGUUUGAGGAAACCUAUCCGUUGGCUUAGCAAGCUAACAGCGAAGAAGAAGAACCCAGUUUACGAUGGCGAGUUCGAGUUUUCCCAAGAGUUUGGUCUGCUGUCCAGGCCACCCAUGACCAACUCGAGGAUCGAAUCUCCCGAACCGACGGCUUUCCCAGAAACGCUCACGGGGGGAACUGCCCAGCGCAAGGCCACGGCUGAUAUCUUGCGGGACACGCUCCGCGGCAGGAUCCUGCUAGACGAUCACCCGAGUUACUGGGAUCGGCGGUUCUUCGACACCAAGGCCAUAAACUACUUCGCGCCCGUGUUCAGCCGCGUCUGCCUGUUCCCCCCCGAGGAGCGGGAGGCCGUCAUGGAGGAGUGCGGCCCGCUGUUCGAGAGGCUGGAGGCGAGCAUCAGGGACGCGGCGGAUAGCAUCUCCGCGGGCGAGAUGACGUGCAGCAGGAACAGCACGGCGCGUGUGAGGAGCUACCUGGAUAAGUUGACGGACCUGCACAUGACGCGGCUUGAUGUUGUCAAGGGACGGUACGAUGAUCGGAUGAAGGACUGGAGGGAGGACCGGAGGCGAGUCUCGGUCUUGGAGGUCGAGAGGGAGGGCAUGAGAGGCAUGAUGCUGGGCACGGUUACAAGAGGAUACCACUUUAUUCCAUAUUCUGGAUACAAGGCCUAUAGCCCGGAGGAGGAGUCAAAGUACGCUGGUCAGUGGUUGGAGUCUUUGGGCUAA